UUUGACAUUUGGCGAGUCAAUAUGGCGUCACUGUGACACAUGAGAGUCCGCAGUUUUCGCGGUUAUCUCGAAUAUCCUCCGGCCGUUCUGCGUGGCCGAGUCACCCAAUGCACGCGAAUUACCCGAUCUUGUCGAGGUUGUCCACAGCUUGCAUAUCUUCGACGACGGCACGCGAUAAACGCGCCGUGAACUCGCUCGCUCGUGUGAAGUGAAGGACGGAGAUAAAGUAUGGGACCGUGAGCGCGAGGAGGCACGGUGCUCCGUAGGAAGUCGAUAAAAAAGAACGUACCGAGAGAAAGAAAGAGAGAAAGAGAGAGAGAGAGAGAGAGAGAGAGAGAGAGAGAGAGAGAGAGAGAGAGAGAGAGAGAGAGAGAGAGAGAGAGCCCUACGGAGGUAGCACGGAUGACAGCAGAAGUAUAAGAUGUUCGAGUCUCCGAGAAGUCUCCAGGAAGUGUGCAUCGACUUCAUAUGUGGUAACGUUCUAGGCUUAUGCGAGGUACAUCUAGGCGACACGAAUGUGCAUUCCCCCGGCGCUACAGUUUCCGAUCGACCUGAUAUCUGUACAGUGAACAAUAAUAGCACAGAAGAAUUCGCUUUUGAUACUACAACAGGUAGAACAUCGUCUAACGAUGCUCCCACCAGCUCCGCGACACGGCUUACCUUUAGGCAUCCGGACGCCUUCUUGCCGGCCGAGGUGUCCGAGCAAUUAUUAUCCAACCUAUGUGAGAAGAAAACAUUAUCUGACCUGACUAUUACGCUCUUCGACUCAAAGACCACUAGGCUAAGGCAUGUACGGCUGAAAGACGCAUCGACAUUAUCAGCUAAAGGCUUAAGGGUUCUUAAGCAGCAUAAAGUUGUAGAUUUAAUAGUAAAUGGACUUAAAAUCACUGUUAAUGAUUUAAUUAGCUGUUUAGGCGAUUGGAGUUUACAAAAUCUUAGGUCGCUAAGUGUAGCUAAAGGAAGCUUUAUGGAUUGUUCAAGGCAUUGCGUGGUAGUAACGUUAAGCAAAUUGAGGGCACUUCAUACCUUGAAUGUCUCAGGAACAGAAUUUAAUAAACAUGGCUUGGACAUAGUAGUCGAAGAUCUUCCCCUUUUAGAGAGCUUAGAUAUAUCUUGUACGAGAGUCGACGAUAUAACACCACUAAGGAAAUGUAAAGAUCGUUUAAAGACAUUAAAUAUGUAUAAUUUAAAGAUAAGCGGUUGCGGUAACCUGAUACCAGUGUUACUGGAGCUGAAUGAAUUAAGGCAUUUAGACAUUUCCGACGAGAAAGACGCACACGCUUUCGAAAUGUUCGCACCUGCUAGGCUAAAAAUAACAGACUUUUUAAGGGCUCUGCAUUGCAUGCCACAUUUGACAACCUUAGACUUGUCGGGUAAAGAUGACAUAAAUCCGAAAGAUUUAAAAAAUUUCAUUGCGUCGCAUAUGCGCCUGAGGUUCCUAGGACUAGUGCAUUCUGACGUUUGCUACGACGAAAGUUUCAUAGAUUCGACCCAUGAGGAUUACAAACCCGAGCUUGUUAUCAGUGGUACGGCAACAGAAUCUCAAAUUUUGGAAGCCCUUAGAAGGUAUACGUACAGACCGAUAUACCUUCAGAAAUGUCUAUUUAAUUUGUUCCGUUUGACACCAAAUUUUCUCGAGCCACGAGUCGAUGUGAUAAAAUUAGUGUUACCCGGCAUGAGAGAGCAUCCGCAGGAAUUUCGUGUACAAAUGGCAGCUACCGCAUGUAUUUAUAAUCUAACGAAGGGUGAAUUGGCCCUGAUGAUUCAUCCAUCGAUACUUAAGCAGAUAGUUGAAUUAACAUUGCUGGCAAUGGAAUCAUAUCCGAAUAAUCAUCAGCUUCAAAAGAACACUCUAUUGACUCUAUGCAGCGAUCGAAUCCUGCAGGAUGUUGCGUUUGACAAAUAUAGAUGUGCAAGAUUAGUUAUGAAUUGCUUGUCGACGUUUGACGACGCGUCCAUGAAUCGAAUGUCCGUGGCGAUCUGUUCGAUAUUGGCGGCAAAGAUCUCGACGGUGGAGACGUCCAUGCUCGGCGCACAGCCGCAAUACAUGUUGAAGCUGCUCGCGAUGGUUCGAUCCAAAGUCGAGUCCCGGGUAGUCGACAUCACAAUGAAAUUUACCUUGAGCGCCUUAUGGAACCUAACGGAUGAGAGUGCCGUUACCUGUAAGGUUUUUCUCGAUGAGGGUGGAAUGGAAUUGUUUCUCGAGGUACUGGACAACUUCCAGGGCGAGUCCAGCGUAGAGACUAAGGUCCUCGGUUUGCUGAAUAAUAUCGCGGAGGUUGAUCACUUGAGGCCACGGCUUAUGCAACCGCGAUUCAUCAAAAUGCUGUCGAUGCUGCUCGACUCCGAGCACAUUGAUGUGUCUUAUUUUGCGGCCGGUAUUGCCGCGCAUUUGCUCAGUGACGGUCCCCAGUCUUGGUACAGUAUGCCGUCGCAACCGAGCAGGGAGCAACUGUUAGACCAACUGGUUCAUGCUGUGACCCACUGGCGAAUCCCGCAAGGAGAAAUGGUCGCCUACCGCAGCUUUCAACCAUUCUUCCCGCUGCUACGUUGCGCGGACGCAUAUCCGGUUCAGCUCUGGGCGGUAUGGGCGAUUCAUCACGUAUGCACAAAGAAUCCGAAACGUUAUUGCGUGAUGUUGAUCAGAGAAGGCGGAGUAGAGACGUUAAAGCAACUGGAGAAAACGCAUACGGAAUACACGACGCAACCGAAUUUGCAAAGUCUAUGCCAAUCGAUUUUGGAAACGCUCGAAUUAAAUUCUUAACGACAGCUGUUGCUUUCCCAUUUGAAAGUUAAAUACCGCAUGGUAUUCUAGUCAAUGUUUAUCUUAAUGCAAUCCUCUAUAUCCUGUUCUUUAGACCAAAUGAAUUUAAAAAGAAAAAAAGGAAGAAGAUAUAUGGCCAUGGAUAUUUAUAUCACGGAGACAGACUGCAAUCAAACACGACAAACAAACAAGUCCAAACAUAUUCUAAUUGCAAUUGAGAAGUUAAUGAAACUGUGGCUAAACUCGCUAGAUCUGAGAAUUGAAGAUCUGAAUUGAAGAAUAAGUAUAAAUGAAUAUAUAUGUAAAUGUAUAUAAUAUGUGUAUGUGUGUAUAUAUAUAUAUAUAUAUACAUACAUAUACAUAUAUAAUUGUUAUAUAUAAGGUUAGUUUCAGAGAGACGUUUAAAUUACUUAUCAAUAGGUAUACGGAAGAAGCCAAUAAGGGAAGGGGGGUAUAAUGAAUUUAUUACUUCAAAAUAAAUUGCAUAGCUCCUACAAUAUGAUGUAGAGACAUUAAAAUUAAGAAACGGAAGAUAAAAGUGAAUUUACUUAAAGAGAAGAAAUAAGUAUGCGUGCGUGCUAAUUUAUCUUCGUGAAACGUUCGUAUUAUAUUAUUAAUGCUUAUACUAAUGUUUAUGGUACAUUUUAAAGUCUUAUAAAUGGACAUACCGGCGUGUUUAUAACGUUCCAAGAUGUUUCUAUGAUUUAUUUAGCGAAAUAUGGAUGCUUCGAUACAACUUAUAUUUCAGAUUCUAGUCUAAUUUUUAUCUUAAAUUGUACAAUUGAUUUGGAUAAUUGUACACAUUUCGAUUGCGAAAGAACUGACACCAUAUGAAUUGUAUUAGUAUAUAUUUGAUAUAAGGAAAAUAACAAUCAAGUUAUCUUCUUUUUACGUGGCGCUUGCAGUUGACGAAGAGAUAAAAUAAAUGGUACAUCAAACCAUAGAGUUAUUGUUUCUCUGCUUCUAACGACAGUUUACAAAUCAUUUCUAAUGAAUUUUGUUUCAACACAAGAGAAGUGAGGUUUUAUUUAAUAUUAAAGUUUAAAAUAUUACGAGAAAUAUGAUGUCGUAUCAAUUUUCGAUGAAACUGUCUCACAGACAUGGACGAGUCCAUGGAUUCAAAGAGGAAGUAGUCGUGAAAUACCUACCUAAGAUGCUUAACGCGUUGACUGCCAUGUGUGUUCCAUGAAGCUCACCGGUAAUUGACGCUGUGAUCUUGCAGCAUAUUAAUUGGAACUACGUUAAUUGCACUACGUGAAAACAUGGUUGAUCGCUAAUCAGCGACUAAAACAUAUAGUAAACACGGGGAGCUAAUAAAGCAAAUUAACAAAUACAUACAUGAAGAAAUGUGUACAGCUUUCUUUCUUCUGUACACUUGCAUGCACACGUUUCUCUUCGAUAAAGUUAAAAAUGUAUGGAAUAGCCAUGAGCUCGCAUGGUUUGAUUCCACGCAUAAAAAACGAAUGAACCAUAAAUUAACGCUAUAUUCACCUUGGACGAAUAUGGAAAUUUCAAAAUAAUAAUUGUAUAUUUAUUAUUGUAUAUUGCUAUUGUACAUUUGAAUGUAUAUUUGCUAUACUUUUUGAUUACUCAGUAACUUUGGCCAACUCGGUGAACUUUGGUAUUACUUUAAGUUCUGGACCGAUAUCCAUGGAAACUAAUCAUGACAGUCAACGUGUUGAUAUAUGGCUUGGAACUUUUAGACUGAAGUCUUCAAUAUAAUAUAUAUAGAUAUGUAUAUACUUUUCUUGCGAGAGAUUACGCCAAUCUUUGUUUUAUUACGAUCCCAUGAAAUUACAGUGCAUGUGUACGCGCGACGAAGUGUUAUGAAGUAAUUAUAUUUUAUUGAAUGGGUGUCAUACUUUUUAAACGCUUCAAAUUCAGAUCUUCAAUCUAUUUUGUUAAUGAUUAUACUUCACGAAGUCUUCAUUGUACUAAAUAUUGAUAAAAAAAGGACAAAGAAAGAAAACUUCUUAAAAAUUGAUUGCGCAUUACAUGCCUUCAGAGAUUAUACAAAAGAAAAUAAAAAAAAGUAAUCAGAGUUUGUAAUAAAAAAGAGAAAUACAUUUUAAUAUUUAGAUUAUAUCUGUUAUUAAAAUAUGAUGAAUUUAUAUAAACGAAAUUUAUUCUUCUGAUAUCAUUACACGUUGAUCUAAAAUGUAAAAAGAGAAAGAAAGAGCGUCAAUUUGGACUGAAUGUUAAUAAACAUAUUAUGCCAGCCUCUA